AUAUUCAUUCAAGGUUCAUCUUGUUUGUGUGUUACGUGUUGAAUUAUUGGCUUCAUUAAAUAUUUUCAUAAUUAGAAUUGAUGUAACGUACAUGAUCGGUUGUAAUUGAAAUACAUUCGUGUCUAGAAAAGUCAGUAGUUGAAAUUGCUCCAUUGUCUUAGCUGAUCAGUAGUUUCUCAACAGCAGUGCCAACUCUAUCGUGAUAUUUUUUUGCCGAAAAAACAAAAUGUCUUUACCAUUCGCCGUAUUUGUCAGAGGAAUUGCUACUUCGCAACAUUUAAAUGCUGCCAUUAAAAAUGUCACCGUUAUUGGCGGUGGUCUUAUGGGAUCAGGAAUCGCUCAAGUUGCUGCUCAAGCUGGAAACAGUGUAAAUUUAGUCGAAGUAAAUGAUGGAGCUUUACAGAAGGCCAAAGGUGGUAUUCAGACUAGUUUGCAAAGAGUAGCCAAAAAGCUUUACAAAGAUAAACCAUCCGAUGCAGAAAAAUUCGUAUCCGAGUCCUUGAGUAAAUUGAACUUUACUUUGGAUUUACCUGGAUCUGUUAAAGAUUCUGAUCUCGUCAUCGAAGCCAUCGUUGAAAAUUUACAAACUAAACAUAAAUUAUUCGGUGAUAUCGACACUAAAGCGUCAGAAAAAACGAUAUUUGCGUCUAACACGUCUUCCUUAUCCAUACAAGAUAUUGCUUCUGUGACCAAACGUAAAGAUAGAUUCGUUGGAUUACAUUUCUUCAAUCCAGUUCCGGUUAUGAAAUUAUUAGAGGUAAUUAGAACCACUGAAACGUCAGACGAUACUUAUAACAAAGCUAUCGAAUGGGGUAAAGAAAUCGGAAAAGUCACCAUUACUUGCAAGGAUACCCCAGGAUUCGUAGUAAACAGAUUAUUAGUGCCUUUCAUGAGCGAAGCUUUCAAAAUGCUAGAAAGAGGCGAUGCUACCGCUCGAGAUAUCGAUACAGCUAUGAAAUUAGGAGCUGGUCACCCCAUGGGACCUUUCGAAUUAGCCGACUACGUCGGUCACGACACCACGUAUUUCAUUCUUAAAGGUUGGGCUGAGAAAUAUCCCAAUGUGGAGCAAUUCAAACCCACCGAAACUAUCAAGAAGUUGGUCGAUGAGAAUAAAUUAGGAGUGAAAUCCGGUGAAGGAAUAUACAGUUACAAGAAGUAAUUUCGUGAUAAAGAACAAUUAUCGAUUGGAAAAGUAUUCUUAUAAAGUAAAUCGUACGGAUUUUUUAAUUAACUUUAGUGGUGUUCAAUUUUUUUCAUGUUAUAAUGGUUUUGUAAAAUUUAAAAUUAUUGUUCAUUGUUAUAUUUAUUUACUACCUCGAUUGGUGUCCACAUUGCAUUAUUCAUAAUGGUUUUCUUAUAUUCGAAUGUAUCAUCGUAAAAAAUAAAAUUUUAUCGUAAAA